UACUUGGGAUCUUAACCCAUAAGAAAAGCAAGGUAUCCAAAACAAAAAAUCUGAACACAUAAAUUGCAGAGGAAGAAGCGAGAAAGAACUAGUCGAAGCAGAAGAAGACAUGGCGUUGCAAUGGUUGAUACUCACAUACGUGGUCGCGGCUGAGGCUGCGGUGGCCAUUCUGCUAACGCUUCCGACACCCAAACUCCUCAGGAACCGUUUUGCUUCUCUCGUUUCCCUCAUUCUUCAACCGGCGCUUUUCAUCGUCCCCUUUGCGGGGUUCCACCUUCUAGAUAUAUACUGGAAGAAUGAGCAUCGGUUGAUGUGUACCUCUGAAGUUUGCACUGCUGCGGAGAGAGAUCGAUAUGAGAAAUCUAUAUACAAAGCUCAGAGGAAUGUAAUCCUGUGCAUUACAUCAAUUCUUCUUUACUGGUCUAUCAGCCGUAUUUGCAAAUAUCAGAAGGAUGUGGAGAGUAUGGAGGAAGUGGAGAAGAGAUACAAAUCCCAGUAGAUAUUUGUAGUAAUGGAUAGUGGUGGAGGAGUCUAGUGAUAGUGUUUAUCGACAUGCCAAGACGAUGUACCAAAUUAUAUACUGUUCAUUCACCUCUAUAUUUCCAAAUUCCAAUCUUUAUUAUGCAGUUUGGGAUGGAUUUUUGACUACUAUGUUGUUUGAUGGUUUUUAGCCUAUAUUUUAAUGUUAAGAGUGUGUUUGGUUUCGGUAGGAAAA